GCCGCGUGAAGAAAGCCACGAAAGACAGUGAACCAUGUCACUGUUCAAAAAAGAUGGCUUCUGACAUGAACUUAAUAUAUUCAGUUGCAGUGAAACAGCGAUACCUGACAACUGAAAAGUUGUCUUCACAUCUUGGGUUGACUCUGGGCAGCGCUCAACAUGUCGACUUCAGGUAGACAGACAGGUAUGGCAAUCAAUUCCGUGGCUAUACUGGAAAGGCGACUACCAAGUGAACGCCACUUGUAACGUUUUCCAGCUUGUCUUGGCCAAAGAGCAGCGACUGGCAUUUAUGAGUUUAUGAUGCUCUGAAGGGUUCUUAUUUUUAUGUGCAUGGGGAAAAAGUGUGCGCGCACCACACACACAUAGGACUGAUAAUGAAAAGACAUCUGUUUCCAGUUUUAGCAUGCAGUGAAAGACAAAGCAUUCACACUGUAGCAUCAAGAGAACGCAUGUGCUCCAAAGAACGUGACCGGACAUUUCCUGAUGAUUGAAUACCUUGGGAAUCUACAUGAAAGUACAAGAACAGUGACAGGAUGUGAUAACAAACAAGUCUCCAUCCAGUGGCCUUGUAACAUCCAGUAUGACAUGGUAAAGAGGAUGACACUGACUGUUACAAAAUCUCAGUCCAAAGUAGAGCACAUAGCUUCCAUUACUAGUGAUGGUAAUGUCACGAUACCUCAGCGAUAUACCAAGCAUGUCAGAGCAAGAGGCACAUCUGGUGUUUUACUAACUGAAGCUGCAGUUUUGGAUUCUGGCCAAUACCUAACUGAGGUUGAGUACUGGAAUGGAUCUCUCAUCUAUGAAGAUUUUUUUUUGUGUAUAUAUGUUCCUCCCCUCAUUCUGUAUGAUGCUCUGAACAUCAGUGUUGUAAAAGAAAGCGAGCAUUGUCAGAGCAUUAUAUGUGGUCAAGUCAUUUUCUCAGGAUUCCCAGCAGUGUCAUUCAUAUGGGAGACUCCAAAAGCAGGACAGACUCAAACCGUAUCAGGUAGCCACAGCAAAAUACAUGGAUGUCCACUGGCAUCAGGGACAUAUAAGUGUCGUCUUGAAGGCCCAGCCACUAAAUGCUUGGACAAUUCAUAUUCCCUUGAAGCAUCAGUUUUCAUCAACUCUUCUUUGGUUUCCGAGAUGACCAGUCAGUUCAUCUUCAUUAGCUGCAGCAUAGAUGGUGAACUAGGAGUAAAAGGGAGACUAGCCCUCCUGAUUUUAGUUCCCAUGGCAGCAGUCCUUGUACCAGCGAUUGUCUUGGGAGUGUGGAUAUUGAGACACAUGCUGUCAUCCCCUCAGCGCAGUGAAACACAUCACAACUUAUAUGGUUGCAUUCACAAAAAAUCAAGAUCUGAUUUUGGUAGCUUGAUGGAAGAUAAGUCAGAUGGCCGUGACACACCUAGUCCUUUUCCAGAAGAACCAGAUCUAGAAAUUGAAGAUGAAGACACAGAGGAGGGAGACUACCAAAUGAGUCCCAUGAUUGGACGAGGUCAAAUCACAGUUUAAGGUUACCCUCUACUUACAUCUGAUGUACAGGGUUCAUUUUUUUCAGUGAAAAUAUCCUGAUAGUGUACAUUUUUCAUUAAAUUGAGAAAUCUGUGUUUACAAUCACUGCCAUAAAAAAUGACAACAGUAGUAAUGCUUUCUGUGUUGGGACAAUUACUAUAUAUUAUUAUAGCGACAGAGGUUUGCAUGAUUCCUCUGUCUAGUGAGUGACUGCCAAGUAUCAUAGUCUAGAUUAUUGUGCACAAACAUUUCAGAAAUAAUUAUCACUAAUAUGUUUAUAUUAGUUUUAAAGUGAUUUGAGAAAAAAAUCGAUUUCAAAAUUAUUUUUCCUCAAAAAUACUAUAUGGUACUUAUUUCUUUUUGUUAUUAAUUAUUAAUAAUUGUUUUUUAUUUGCUGUUUGGAUUGGGAAUGUAUAUUCCUUGAACUUUAUGGCUCGCCAAUGCUUUGAACAUGUCAAGUAAUGUACAUAAAACAUGGAAUAAAGUUUUCGUU